UGCCAGCUCUGAGCUGCUCUGGCUGUGCCCACUUGGGGGCGGGGUGGGUAGAACCAGCUGGGGAGUGGUUCACAUGGAUGAUUCUCCACAUCAGCCUAAGCCAGAGCCCACCAGAUAGGGAGAGCAGGAGUCGUGCCACCCACGGGGAAGGGGCACCAGGCAGGGCGCCACCGGGGUGGAGGAAGAAAGGCUAACCUGGCUGCUGGGUACGGAGGACGAAAGAUGGAGUGCCCAGGCUUCCUGCUAACCCCACCCCCAUCCCUGUCCACAGGGGCUGACUCAGCCUAUUCCCAGGCCUGGAACCUUCCUUUGCUAGACCCUGGUGCCUUUGUCUCUAGUCAUGAGGCCUGCGGGGGAGGGGGACCGUUGAUAAAAGGCAGCAAAGACAACUCCCACACCCUUGCUCGGAACUGCCACCCACAUGCAGCCUCGGACCCAGCCCCUAGCCCAGGCCCUACCCUUCUCCCUUGGAGGAGUCCUUCGAGAUGCCGGGCUCCGGGUGCCUGUCAUUAAGAUGGGCACAGGGUGGGAGGGCCUGCAGCGGACCCUGAAGGAAAUUGCCUACGUCCUCCUCUGCUGCUGGUGUAUCAAGGAGCUGCUGGAUUAAUGGCAGCGGAAACUGCCGCUGCUUCUCCCCACUGGCACCGUGGCUGGCAUCAUUCAGCCCCAUCGAGACUCUGGGACCAGCUGUGCUUGACUAAGGAUGGGCCACGAGCGAGUGAAGAGUGACGUGUGGCUCCUGCUUAGAGUUGUCCCAUCUGUCAGACCUGCCUCAAUUCUGGGUGUCCCUUCCCAGCCCCCUCCUCUUGCUGGCCAGGACCCCAGCAAGAGUGCGGCAGGACUCGGCUCUCCUCCACGCUGGCACAACAAGCCCACCAGCCCAGAUGGUUGGUCUUACCAUGCCUCUUAGUUUCAGGAAGGGGCUGCCCCUAAGAUCUCUGUUUGAGAAUCACUGGAGUAGACAUAAAAUAAAUAGGCCUUGAGGCCACGAAGUUCCAAAUGUCUAAAUGGAAAUAAGAAAAAGAGCAGAGGAGGGAAGGAGCUUGUCUGGGA